CUUCCUUCCCAGACUGACCUGACCUGGAUACCAUGCACAACAGCACUGCCGAAACUCCGCACGCGGCUGCGACGUGUAACGAGACUUGGCCCACCCAGCCGCCGAGCUCCGAGCUCUCACUGGGUGUGUUGGUGCUGCUGGCUUUCCUCAUGGUGCUGCUGUGUCUGGUGACCAUCCUUGGAAACAGCCUGGUGAUCCUUGCUUUUGUGAUGGACAGAAACCUCAGGCAUCGGAGCAACUAUUUCUUUCUGAAUCUUGCUGUUUCUGACUUUGCAGUGGGCACGUUCUGUAUGCCAUUGUACAUCCCUUACGCCCUGACAGGGACAUGGCACUUGGGAAGAAGCCUCUGCAAACUCUGGCUUGUCAUGGACUACCUGCUGUGCGCAGCUUCAGUGUUUAACAUCGUCCUUAUCAGCUAUGACCGUUUCCUGUCAGUUACAAAAGCUGUAUCUUACAGAGCCCAGCAGGGAAUAAUGUCCAGCCCUGCCAUCAAGAUGGUGGCCAUCUGGGUCUUAGCAUUUCUCCUGUACUGCCCAGCCAUCCUGUUUUGGGAGCUCGUGGCCGGACACAGUGUGGUAGCGGCGGAUCAGUGCUACGCGGAGUUCUUCAACAACUGGUACUUCCUCCUGUGCGCAUCCACCCUGGAGUUCUUUGUGCCGCUGCUCUUGGUGACCUACUUCAACGUGCACAUCUUCCACAACAUCCAGAGGCGCCAGCGGCGUGGCAGCGUGCAGGACUGUGAGUCUCCAAGGAGCAGCAGCCUGUCCUGGAGAUUUUGUGGCUUGCCGGGGCCAGGGGCAUUAUCUCCUUCCUCAGAAGCAGAGGACAGUGUUUCAUCUCUAACAAGGUCAUGCAGACCAGCAGUGGUGCCUAAUGGUCCAUCUCGAACAGAAACGGGUUCUACAGCUCUCAAAAGGAACUUAUCUGUUUCUUUGUGUUCAAGGACUGGAUCAAAACUCCAACGGGACAAGAAAAUAGCAAAAUCUCUUGCCAUAAUUGUCUGUGUGUUUGCCAUUUGCUGGGCCCCAUACUCUUUAUUAAUGAUUAUCCGUGGGGUCUGCCAAGGAAAGUGCAUCAGUAACUCCCUGUAUGAAGUAGCCUUUUGGCUUUUGUGGAUCAAUUCCUCUUUGAAUCCAUUUCUUUAUCCUCUCUGUCAUAUGAGGUUUCGAAUGGCUUUUCUGAAGAUAUUGUGUCCUAAAAAGUUUGCAACAUUGAGAUCUGGUAACACACGUUCUUUUUAGAGAGGUGAAAGAAACGUCUUACAGAUAAGGUUCCUCUGUUAAUUUUUUGUAUCUUUUCAUAUGCAUCAUUGGCAUAAAUAGAGGAAAUAAUAUUUGUUUACUAAUGACAUUAAGAGUGCAGCAGAGUUAUGUUGUUGCCCUUGUAUUGCUAAUUUUCAGGAUCUCAUUUUUGGUUCUGCUGAUA